AUGGCCACAACUACCUCCCUCCGGCCUACAAUUGGUCGGAUAAUAAGCGCUACUGGGAAUCAGCAUGUUGCGAACCCGUCCUUUCUGAGCGUGCUCUUGGUAAGAGCUGCGACUCAAAGCUGUCCGUUCUCCUCGACCCCAGACCGAAGUAUGCGCCGGGCGCGCCGCGACAACAACAAACAGCGUGGGCUGAGCAGCAUAUACCGGUCCGGUCCACGGUUUCGGAUGAACAUCGAGAAGGAUCAGGUACCAAAACCGGUAGAUUUCAAACCGGACGUUAAGGUCGACCCGAACCACGGGCUAUGGGAAUUUUUCUACUCUAAGGAGAAGCUCCUGCUUACGCCUGACGAGGAUUCCGAGCACGGGCGCGGGUGGACCGUUGAAGAGCUGCGGCAUAAAAGCUGGGAGGAUCUACAUAAGCUCUGGUGGGUAUGCGUCAAGGAACAAAAUCGCAUUGCUACGGCGCGGAAGGAGAAGGCCCGGCUAAAGCUUACGAACGGAGCGGAAUUCAUGGAGGAUAGGCUAUUAGAGGUCCGCAAGACGAUGAAGUCGAUCAAGCACGCGUUGACAGAACGAUACUACGUAUGGGAGGAUGCAAGGAAGUUAGCUGAGACGGACCCGGAAAUCGAUCUUGCCAGCACAAACCGCCCUUAUACUCCGAGCUCAUAUUUUGACGAAGACGUGAAGGAGACGGGAUCAGUAGAGGAACAAAGGGAGGCGCAGCAAGAGCCAUCAUCGGAACAACAGGAGGCAUCAGAAAAGUCGGCGGCUGAAAAUGUUGACCCGUCUACACUUCCGCCUAAUGCUACAGAGCCUCAACAGCCCUCGACAAGAGCAUGA